CAUCAAUUCAAUCGACAAUGGGCUACUCAGAAGUGCAUUGUCGCCUCUGCGACGUUGUAUUCAACAUUAGCCGUCUCCGAAAGCCAGACGACCCACCGUCGCAUGCUUGGAUGAACACGGGAGACGGAAACACGCGGUUUGUUCCAGCUGAGAAUCGGUGGGAUUCAUCGUGUACUAGCGAAGACGGAUGCUAUGGCGUUUGGAGAGGAAAAGAGCCCCCUGACCGCCGGCAGGGAGAAGGAGAAUGGCGCGCUAUCGCGGUGGAUGAGGACGAGAACGAUUCCAACUAUGUGUAUGAGAGCUCUGACGGGGAGGAAGAGUACGAAUUCGAGUCCGACGACGAUCUUGGUGAUGGUGAAAUCGAAGAUCUGGAGGGAACGGAAUACGACGUGGAGAUGACAGAUGCCGACUCAGAGCCCGAAUGGGCCCGUUUUCUCAAGAGCGAUUCUGGUCUCGCAUAUAAGCCUCACAACCCACACCAUCAUCCGGAUCUCAUGGAGACAGAGCAACCGGCUGGCGGAAAACGUAUAGGGGAUAUCAUUAAGAUAGAAAAAGAAUUAGCGGACAGAGAAGUAGAAGGAUGCGAACAUAUAGCGGGACCAACUUGCACAUGCGAUCGCGGUUACAACGGGCAUCGCAUUACUGCUGAAGAAAUGCGUGGCUGUACCACCUUCCAAUGCUUUGUUCGGAAGCUUGAACGGUGGAGCCCUGAUGAGCAUGACCAAGACUUCGAAGCAACGAGCACUCACUUCCUCUCCGGACUUUGCGACCACAUGCCUUCGACGGACAGUGGAGGUGAUCCAGAAGUCAUCCCAGCAAGACACGGCGUUGAGGAGGUCUGCGCGUCAGACACCAUAUGGGGUCUUGGACACGAAUCUAUGCCCUUCCAUACAGCAUGUCUGGACAUCUUCCUGCGAAUGUCAAAACUAGAAUUCGGGGAAUUCGAUGUCAAUGGACUCUGCGCAUGGUACUACGCUGAACCCGAGUACCACUGGUCCCCCAAAACCGAAAGGGACAAGGACAUAGAGGCCUGCCAAAAUCAGUGGUGGAUACACGCUGAUGGCACAGAAUAUCUUGCAGCCAACCCGGUCUUCGUGCCUCGCCUAAGUCAGAUACUUCGUUCAGCAGUGUCUGAAGACCCAAACUUUGAUACUCAAGCUGGAGCAUUCAAGGGCCUUGGGUCGCCUUCCGCCGAGGGGCAGGAUGAUCGGUUCACCACUUUACCAUUGGAAUUAAGAUUGGAGGUUCUGGGCUACCUCGAUCCGAAAGACAUUGCGAACUUGCGUUUAUCUUCGCGCACAUUCUACCAGCUGCCCAUCUACCUUUGGCGCACGUUCAUUCAGCGAGAUAUGCCAUGGCUGUGGGAGACAUGGAGCGACCAGAAACCCUAUCUUUGGAGCAUGGUCACGGUCGAGGCACUGAAGAUGGAGAAGGCCGAAGAAAAAGUUUUCGUGGAAGAGUUCAAUUUGUAUAGGAGGGUGAUACGGGAGGAGAUGCCCGAACUUCUUGACAUGUGGCUGGGUGCGGAGAGAAGCAUUAUGGACCGCAGAGUUGACAAAUUAAUCACUCAGUGCGAGAGUGAAGCUCUGAAAGAGUUGGUUUGGACAGUGCCGCCGGAGAAGAUCAACUGGUAUCAACUAUAUUCUGAUAUCGCGCGCAACUGGAGCAGUCUCAAGGGGCUAAAGAAUCGGAGCAGGAUCUGGCAGUAUGAAAGGUAUAUCAUCGACUGGAUCGGCAAGCAUCGUGAGGAGAAGAGGCUACAAAAUAGUAAGAUGUUUGCCAGUUGAUUGAGUUGGAAGAAGUACGAAAGUUCGGUAGCAUACUCUCGAUGUUGGGGGCAGUUCACGGCUUGAAAUUCAGCAUUGGUUUGCACAUGUAUAGACCCCUGCCCUGUCAGAAAAUACAAAUGACUUCAAUACAUUGGAUGUGG